AUGGCGAGGCUGAGGAAGCCGGAGCGGGACCGGGAGCGGGUGCGGGGCGGCUCCAGCAGCAGGAAGGGGGCCGGCGGGGAGGCGGCGGCGGGGGCCGGCGGCGGCGAGAGGAAGACGGGCGGCGGCGGCGGCGGGGAGGGGAGGAAGGCGGCGGCGGGAGGAGCCACCGCUCUGCCGCUCAGCCCGGCUGCCGGGGCCGCCUCGCCGGCCUGGCCGGGGGGAUCCAGGCGCCCGGCGGCCCGCGGCUCCUCGGCGCCGGCCCCCUGCUUGGCGGGGUCCCGCUCCCGCAGCCGGGCCGGGGGGAAGAGGCGGGCGUCGGGCUGCGCGCCGCGGGGCUGCGAGCUGGCGGCGAUCGGCAUCGGCUCGCCCGGCCGGCGGGGCCGGGGUCUCCCCAGCGGGAGGGCGGGCGGCGAGGCCGGGGCGCGAGGGGGAGCCCGCCGGGGAAACUUACUUUGCUGGGGGGCGGGGAAAGGGCUGGAGCGGAGCCGCGCGGCGGGGAGGGGCCCGGGGCAGGGGGGCCGCCUGGAGCCGGGGGCUCAGCCGCGGAAGAGAGAAAACAAAGGCGGCUGCCAGCCCGCGGGGCCCCCUCCCUGCGAGCCGCCGCGCCGCGCCGGGGAAAGGAAAGCGAAGGGCAGCCGAGGAGCGGGGGCCGCAGCGCCUCACCCGGCUCCCCGCCGCCUUUGUGUGCGCGCCCCUCGGCCUGCUGGGGGCCGCCGCGCCCGGGCGCGGGGAGAACUGGCGGCCGCCUCAGCCGCCCUGGGCAAGGAACUCUCGGCUGGCUCCGUCCCCCGGCGCUGCGCUGUGCGGCCUCGCCGCCCCGCAUCAAUUACAGCGCGGAGCUCGCUCGCUCGCCGCCAGCCCUGCGCCUUCCCACUUCCGUGCCCAGCCCGUCCGCUCGGAGCCAGCCAGCGAGGGGGCAGAGCUUCCCCGGAACACCCCGGGGCUCCCCUCCGGCCGGCCCCGGCAAACCCACAAACUUUUCUCCCCCCCGCCCCGCGCUAG